AUGGAGGUGUACACGAAACCUCCGCGACCCCCUGCCCAUCCUUUCGUCAAGCAUCAGGAAGGAGCUCAAGUUGACGCUGCUUUGGAGUCCAGGGAGAUUGGCAAGCACGCCUUGGUACCACCGAUACGAGCUCCAGGCACGUCGAGGAAAUUGGUACGACGGUUUUGGAGGCUCACGAUGAGGCCAAGGAAGGAUUUUCAGGGUAUCUGGGGUUGA